AUGCAGCAGGGAGGCAAAUCAACAUUAGUACAAAAAAAAUUGGUUGUUGAGGAAAGUGAUGUUGAGUCUGAUGCUUGGCUUUCUGAUGAUAGUGAAGAUGCUGAUUAUGAAGUUUCUGAUGUUGAGGCUGAUUAUGAUAUGGAGUUGGACAUUGAGGAUGAGUACAUUGUGAGAGAAGAAGAUGUUCCUGAUAAUAUACCUGAGAAGAGAUUUGAGGAUUACUUAGAUGGGUCCCAUGUGUUAGACAAAAUGUACAAAAAUGGUAAAAUCUGGUCUCACUUACCAUUUGGAUCCAUUGAACUUGAAGAGUGGUUGAUUUUUGAAACCAAAACACAGUUUCUAGAGGUUUUCAGAGAUUACUGCAUACAAGAGGGCUUCUCUGUUUCAGUUGACCAUGCUGACAGUCAAAGGUACAUAGCAAGGUGUCUGAUGACGGAUUGCAAUUGGAGGAUUCAUGCUUCAGUUCUGAGAGACAAAUUCAGUUGGGCCAUAAAGAAGCUAGAAGGAGAGCAUGCAACUUGUGGGAGGCUGGAAGAGAAUCCUAUGGUCUCUUUAGCAUGGCUAUGCAGGAAUUUGUUACAAGACUUAGAGGCAAACCCAGAUGUCCCAGUUGAUUCAUUACAGAGACUGUGCAUGGAAGCUCUUCCAAAGUAUGCUGAAAUGAUAAAUUCCACAAAUCUUGGGUCAUAUGCUCUUAUUACAUGGACUGAUAGUGGGGAUCAGAUUUUGAAAUUCAAGGCCUGUUUCAUAUCUUUUGCAGCUCAAGUGAAAGGAUUCUUAGGUGGUUGUAGACCUAUCAUAGGAAUAGAUGGUGCACAUUUAAGUGGGUAUUACAAAGGGAUUAUGCUCAUUGCAGUUUCAAUUGAUGGGAAUAAUGAGAUUUUUGUGUUAGCCUAUGGGAUUGUUAACACAGAGAGCAUAGAUUCCUGGACUUAUUUCUUCAGAAACUUGAGGUGCCUGUUUGCUCAGUAUGGAUCUCAGAAGGAUGACUGGACUUUUAUAAGUAACAGGAUGAGGGGGGUUGAAUCAGCUUUGUUUGAGGUGUUCCCAAGAGCUACCAGGAGAAUAUGCUGCCAGCAUUUGUACUCAAAUUGCAAGGGUGCAGGAUGGAGUGGGACAACAUUUCAUAAGUUGUUUUGGGUUGCUGCAAAUGCCUACAAUGAAUAUGUGUUUGGAAAAGCAAUGUCCAAGAUAAAAGAGUAUGAUGCAGCAGCAUUUGAUUACCUGACAAAUGUGGAAGAGCAGUGGAGUGUGCACGUGUUUGACAGGACAGUAUGUUGUGAUCAUAACACAACAAACUUCGUAGAGUCAUUCAAUGCAAUAACAAAGUCCAACAGGGACAUGCCUGUGUUGACAUUGCUGGAAGCUCUCAGGAAUUGGUGCAUGAAAAGGAUGGGUUCCAGGUUCGAUAAAGCAGUGGACAUGGAACCAAAUCAGCUGACAGAGCAUGCACAGGGGGUGUUGGAGAUCAAGACUGAUGAGUCUAGGUUCUGCCAUGUCACUGCAGCUGGUGGUGGAGAGUUUGAGAGACUUGAACCCAGUGACUUUGUGUCACCUUUCUACAAGGGGGCUGCAUACAAACUGACUUAUGGAGACCACAUCCACCCCAUGGCUGAUCCAACUCACUGGCCAUCACUUGAUGUGCCAGAAAUUGCACCACCCCAAGGCAAAAGAAGUGUAGGCAGACCAGCUAAGCAAAGGAGAAGAGCCCCUUAUGAAGCAAAAAAAGGAAAGAGGCACAAGAACAACAAAUGCAGCCUAUGCAAAGAACUGGGACACAAUGCAGUGACCUGUAAGGCAAGAAAGGCAGUAGUGAAGAAGACAGAAAAUGCAGCUUCCUCUUCACAGCAAGGUAACACAAGGGGGAAGAAGAGAAAUGCUGCUACUUAG